AUGAAGUGCAAAGUGAUUUAUCCCCUCCUUAGUUUAAUAUGUCUUGGUUUGUUGACGCAUACCACAACAUCAACACCUUUAGAACGUGAAGUAGAACCUCGCAACAGUUCUCCUGAAAAAUAUAAUUCAUGGGAAAAAUAUUACAAUAAUCUUUUUCCGAGUAAAAAUUCACACAAAAAUAAACAUUCGGGAAAUAAAAAGUCAUCUUCAGGAAAUAAAAAGCCAUUUUUUUCAGGCAAUCAAAAUCCAUUUUCUAAGGGUAAUCCUUCAGGCAAUCAAAAUCAAUCUUCUAAGAAGGGUAAUCCUUCAUCAUCAUCACAACCCAACCAACCCAACAAUAUACCACCAAACCCACCUAAAAAUCAACCAACAUUCAAUCCCAAAAAUAAAUCAACAUGUACAUCUACAUCGGCGGAUAAAUCAAACCCAACCGCAACCUAUGCCGCGAGAGCUACAGGCACUUCAACAUUAUCCUCAUAUCCUACAAAUCUACCACCACUUAACCUAUCUACUUCCACUUCUCCCGGUAUUUUCGAACCCUUUGGACCGUUAGAUUAUAGUAAGGGUCCACAAACUCGUGAAUUUACUUUCACAUUAAAAAGAACUACCUUAAAUCCUGAUGGAUAUAGUCGUGUGGUAUGGGCCGUAAAUGGACAGUAUCCUGGUCCAAUUAUCCGCUGCAACAAAGGCGACACGAUAAAACUCACUGUGAUUAACCAAUUUGGUGAUAGUGAUGCAACUGGAAUUCAUAUGCAUGGACUCUUUCAGAACCAAACUACAUGGUUUGAUGGUGUUCCUGGAAUGACUCAAUGUCCACAGACAAGCGGGCAAACAUUCACAUAUACUACUACUGUUGAUCAAUAUGGAACCUAUUGGUAUCAUUCACAUUUCGUAGCUCAAUAUGUUGACGGAUUGAAGGGUCCAAUUAUUGUUCAGGAUCCAGAUGAUCCUUAUAAAAAUUCAUAUGAUUGUGAAUAUGUAAUGACAGUAAGUGAUUGGUAUCAUGAACCUACUGGAAAUUUCUUGCCCUAUUUCCGUAGUGACAAGUAUCGAGGCAAUGAUCCCGUUCCUGAUUCUGGAGAAAUUAGUGGUGUAGGACAUUAUGAUUGUAGCACGGUUACCGAUGGUACACCAUGUGUAGAUAAGGGAUACGCCACUUACAAAGUCCGAAAAGGCAAAAGAUAUAGAUUUAGAAUAAUCAAUACUAGUGCCAUGGCUCAUUUUACUGUUUCUAUAGACAAACAUCAAAUGGAAAUAAUUGAAAUUGAUGGAAACAAUGUUGAGAAGAAUACUGUUGACUCUUGUUCAAUUAAUAUUGCUCAACGCUACUCCGUAAUCGUUAACUGUACUCAGGAUGUUGGCAAUUAUUGGAUCCGAGCAACUAUUUCCAGAUGUAGUAUACCAUACCAACCAGGCGAUCCUGGUACAAUCAAUUCUAACUCUACCUUGAAUUACAACGUCUUAGGCAUCCUUCGUUAUGAAGGUGCCCCUGAAACCAAUCCAAAUUCUACUGCUUUAAGUAGUAUUCCUACUUCAGUUUCUGCAAACUGUUAUGACCAAGAUGCAAGCACUUUGAAGCCCUAUCCGCCUAAUUCACCUCCAAAAAAAUACGAUCAUAAUAUGACAUUCGCUAUCAAUGUUGUUUUCAUGAGUUCCACCAAAAUGCUAGCAGCAAUAGUUAAUGGGCAGUCAUACUCACCAGAUUUCUCUAAUCCGACAAUCCAAAAACUUCAAAACGGUCAGGAUCCUAGCCAAUUUCCUGCUUCCGAUAAUGCUUAUGCAUAUGAUAUUCCUAGUAAUUCAGUAGUUCAAAUUGUGAUGAUUAAUAAUGAAAAUAGAACUCAUCCUUUUCACAUGCAUGGACAUGCAUUCUGGAUCAUUUGUCAAGGCGAACCUGGUACUUAUAAUACGAACCCAAAAAGUUUACCUACUAAUCUUGUUGAUCCUCCUAUGCGUGACGUGGUAACUCUUAAACCGUUAAGUACGACAUUAAUUUGGUAUAUAACAGAUAAUCCAGGAGUCUGGGCUUACCAUUGUCACAUUGAAUGGCAUGUCGAAAUGGGAAUGGUCGUUCAGUUUGUAGAAUCACCCGAUAUACUUACAAGAAAAUUGCUCUCUAAUAUGCCUCAAGAACUUUCUGAUCUUUGUAGUACAUAUUCAAAUUCUACAAAUCCUUUAGAAAAUGAUAGUACUGAUAAAAGCAGUUCUUCAGCUUCGAUCGCAUCAUCACCACAAACAAUUGAAUCAGUAAAUUCAAUGAAACCAGAUACAAUAAAAUCAGAUCAACCAUCAGGAACUGUCCCUAAUCCAUCAAAUGCUCCAUUAUUACUCGCUCCAUCAAAUUAUAAUCCAGGACCUGCACCGCUCAGACCAGGAGAGAAAUUACGCGGCGGUUCAUCCAGCGAUUCAAAAGCUAGUUCAUCAAAACCUGAUUCAACAGCUAGUCCAUCAAAACCUGAUUCAUCAAAACAAACUGAUUCAUCAAAACCUGAUUCAACAGCUAAGUUUGGAAUAAUAUAG